AUGCUGGAGCCCGGUACAGAAAUCGAAAAGCCUUGGCUAAAGAAGCCGGAAGUGCGCGCUCGUGUAUCAUACUGGCUUACACUCGUGAUCUCGAUGCUCGGUAUCGCUGCGAGUUUCGUACGCUGUUGGUUUGGAGCAAAGGACGUCCAGCUUCUUAAGGGCAACCUAUGCCCUGUAUUCGAAGACGACUUCAAUGGCGACAAAAUUGAUACAAGCAAGUGGUCCUGGGAUGUCGCAAUGGAUGGCUUCGGGAACGGAGAGUUUGAGAUGAUGACGAACUCGCCGAACAAUUCUUUCGUCCAGGAUGGCAUUCUCUACAUCGUACCCACCCUCACUUCUGAUGUCAUUGGGCCAGACGCAGUCUUCAACGGCAAGACUUUCAACAUUACCGGAUGUACUUCGCUGAAUGCGUCUGCCUGUGGCGCCGUCUCCAACCAAACGACGAAGACUGUCAUCAACCCUGUCCAGUCAGCACGGCUCACUACGGUCAACACCUCGUCGAUCCAGUACGGAAAAGUCGAGAUUCGCGCCAAGUUACCGACGGGAGAUUGGAUGUGGCCCGCUCUUUGGAUGCUUCCCGUCGACAACACGUAUGGUCCGUGGCCGCUCUCUGGAGAAAUCGACAUUAUGGAGGCUCGCGGUAACGACAGGAGUUAUCCCGCGCAGGGCGUCGAUACGGUCCGCGCCAGCCUGAAUUGGGGUCCACUUACUUGGCUCAAUGAAGGCUUUAAGACGUACGGCUUUUGGUCGGCCCGUCGAUCGACGUACAACCAGGACUUCCAUACGUACACGCUCGAAUGGUCGAAUAAGUUCAUUCGUUCAUAUGUGGACUCCCGGCUUCAAUUUAUGCUUGACCUUUCUUUCAAAGAGCCUUUCUUCGACCGAGGAAAGUUCCCGGCCACAGUCUUUAACGGCUCCUCGGAAAUCCCUGUUCCGAACCCUUGGGGAGAAGACAGCUUCUCUGCUCCAUUCGAUCAAUCCUUCUAUCUGAUCCUGAACGUUGCUGUCGGCGGAACGAACGGUUGGUUCCCCGACAACGUAGGAAACAAGCCAUGGCUUGACCAAUCUGAGACUGCGAUGUACGACUUUGCUCACGCUCAGAGUCAAUGGUACUCUACGUGGCCAAAGGAUGUCAAGGAGCGUGGUAUGGCUAUUGACUAUGUCAAGAUGUGGCAGCUCUGUUAA